GACUACACGACAUGUCGUCGUCUCCCACGCCUGGUCAGCUGAGUAACGGGGACCGUUCGCGGGCGCUGGUGCAGAUGGAGUUCCAGCACCAGCAGUACAUGAAGCGGCUGAACCAGGAGGAGCGCUGGCAGAGCCGGCAGAGACAGAUGAGGGAGGAGAAGGCAGAGAGGCAGCAGGAGGUGUCCAGCUACAGGCAGCAGCUCUUACAACAACAACAGGGUUCUUUGAGAUCUUCACCUCACCUAAAGCAUGGCCCCUCCCAUGUAAAUAGAGAAAUGACUCCAAACAAUCACGCAGAGGAAAGGAACCAUUCCGAGAGGGCUGAUAGCAAAGAGGCCGUCCACCUACCCCCCAACAGUCACCCUCCUCCCCUUGUGCCCCCUCAGAACGUUCACUCCUUUACAAGAGAGGAACCCUGGAAGUUCCACUUGGCUCAUGCGAAGCACCCGCUGGAUAAUCUACGUGCGGUGAGCGAGGUGAGAAUACCCACCACGCCGCCGUCUUCGGCCUCCGCCCAUUCCAAUCAGUACGACUACGACAGGCACCCGCCCGCGCGGACGUCGCCCGCGAACCACGACAAACCACAUUCCGCCGGGCCGCACGUCGGCAGGACGGACAAGUCUCCCCGUCCGCCGCGCGGGGAGAGAACUUUCCGUAACCACUUCGAGCGCUUCAAUCACGAACAAUCGCUGCUCAUCAACGGCCACCUCGACAGGGUGGCGGAGACGUUUCUCGACCAGUCCAACAACCAGUACGCGUACGACCAUCGCAGGCUCUCGGAGCUCGCGUACAACAUCAAUGUUAGCAAGGCCCUUUCUGUGCCGUUCACGGAAUAUUUCCUGGGAAUUCAGAGGACUAACAGGGCAGAUUCGGACGACGAUAGACACGUGGUGAGCAAACUGGACAUGGAGGAGAGCAAGAUAAGGGAGGCCCGCAUGAGGGGCACGUACAGAAGUGACUGUGAUUCCGACAGCGACUGUGACAUUGAGGUUCAGCGAGCGAAGCUGCAGAAAAUUGCGUCAGGCCCUCCGUUGCAACUAGAUGAGUCACCAAAGAAACUGUAUUUUCUGGAGACGUUUGGGCUGACAACGCAGAAGAGAAAAUGUGCAGUACAUGAGGAGAAGAAGAGAAAGAGGAGAAGGAUGCUGAUGGAGCGAUCCCCAUCUCCAUCCAAGUCAGACCACGAGGAUGAGAACCAGCCGUGCAGCCCGCUCACGACGUCUUACACGGCCGAAGACAUGGUGCAAGAAGUGGACCUGGAGGAUAAGAAGUCGUUCUUGGCUGAGAUGGGCCUGGGCUUCAUGCACAAGGAACACAGGAAAGGUGAGGAGAGACAUGAAAAGCAACGUGACCAGCAGAUAGUGGAUGCCUUUAAGUCGGGGAAACUGAGGAGUCUCCUUGCUGCACCCAGCACCAACAAUCACAAGGUCCCUUCUCUAGAAUCUAAGAGGCCUGCCAGCAGCACAGGUAAACCUUAGUUGUACAAUUUGAGC